ACUUUUUUGAGCGAUUUUUAGAAAAUUUUCCCAAAGAAUUAGUAAAAUUCAGCUCAAAGAUUUCCAGCCAUACUUCGGCUAAUAAUAAAUAAUAAUAAAGAAUUCACUGCGCAUAAAUUCAUCGAAUCAAGUUUCUUCCCGAGUAAUUCGUGAUGAUACCUCGUCGGAUGUUGAUUGGAAGUGCCAUUGGCACAUGUCUUGGAAUCGGAUUUUUAAUCAAGGAUUAUUUAGGCGGUAAGAAGUACACUUAUCGAACAAACGCCGGCAAAAACAAAGUGAUAAUCAUAACCGGUGCCAAUACCGGUAUAGGAAAAGGAACAGCCAAAGAACUAGCGUUCAGAAAAGCAAAUUUAGUUCUCGCUUGCCGAGAUUUACAUAAAUGUGAAAAAUUGAGAGCUAAGCUGAUAUUCUCGAGCAAAAAUCAAAAUAUCAGGUGUAUUAAAUGUGAUCUAUCUUCUCAAAAAUCAAUUAAGAAAUUCGUCGAUGAGUUUAAUCAAAAUUACCAAAAAUUAGAUGUACUCAUUAACAAUGCUGGUGUCUACGGUCUUCCUCGUAAAACAACCGUUGACGGUAUAGAAAUGCAUUUCGGAGUGAAUCAUAUUGGACACUUCCUCCUUACUAAUUUGUUGUUACCCAAGUUGAAAGAAUCAGCUCCGAGUCGAAUAAUAAACCUGACUAGUAUAACGUACAAGAAAGGAAAUAUAGAUAAGGAAGAUUUGAAUUUCACUAAAACGUACAACAUCGACCAAGCUUACAAUCAAAGCAAAUUAGCUAACGUUCUAUUCACCAAGGAACUCGCUAAACGUUUAGAAGGUACUGGAGUCACCGCUAAUGCAGUUUAUCCAGGAGUAGUUAAUACAGAUUUGAUGAGGCAUACUAGCUUUUACAAUAGUUGGAUUUCGGGUAUAGCUCUCAAACCGAUUUUAUGGGCUAUAACGAAAAACCUUAAACAAGGAUCUCAACCUGUGCUUUAUGCUGCUAUUGCUCCGGAACUGGCUACAGAAUCAGGAUAUCUUUUUUGCCAUAACUUUGAGAAGAAAGAAUUAGUUUUACCGAAUGGAGUAGAUGAAAGUACUGCCAAAUGGUUGUGGGAUGUGAGUAUGAAGUGGACUAAAAUGUUAUGAUGUGGUGUUCAGUGAUGAUUUUGUAGAAUUUGUAAUAAACUUGUGAACUAGUGUUA